CUACGUCACAGUUUUGCGACGUACAAGUUGACAGCAUAUCCAAAACUUGACAACUAUCUCCAAGCAGGAAGAGGAGGUCAUUUGAUAAAGUACGUAGACUGCAAACAUGUUGAAAGCUGUGAUUCUCAUUGGUGGUCCUCAGAAAGGAACACGGUUUCGACCUCUGUCCUUUGAUGUAGCAAAGCCUCUGUUCCCUGUUGCAGGGGUGCCAAUGAUCCAGCAUCAUAUAGAAGCUUGUGCAAAGGUGCCACACCUGAAGGAGAUACUAUUAAUUGGAUUUUAUCAACCCAAUGAAGCACUAAGUCGGUUCCUUUCUUCUGCACAACAGGAAUUUAAAGUGUCAAUAAGAUACCUCCAGGAAUACUCUGCUCUUGGAACUGCUGGUGGAAUUUAUCAUUUUCGUGACCAGAUUCUCAUGGGUGGAACUAAGGCAUUCUUUGUUAUGAAUGCUGAUGUUUGCUGUGACUUCCCCCUCAUGGAAAUGCUACAGUUUCAGAAGCGACAUGGAGAUACUAACAGCUUUGUCAUGCUUGGAACCACAGCAAACCGGCAGCAGUCUCUAAAUUAUGGUUGUAUAGUAGAGAAUCAAGACACUCAUGAGGUUCUGCAUUAUGUCGAGAAGCCUAGCACAUUUGUUAGUGAUAUAAUCAACUGUGGGGUCUAUUUACUGUCACCUGAGAUUUUUCAGUAUAUUGGGAAUGCUUUCCAAAAGAAUCAAGAGGAUCUUUCCAUGUAUUACAACAUGGGAGAGGAAAACACGAAUGGCUGGCAGCGUCCAGAAAGCAUUCGAUUAGAACAAGAUAUCUUCACAGCACUGGCCAGUCAUGGUAAACUCUUUGUCUAUAAAACCAAUGGCUUCUGGAGUCAGAUCAAAUCAGCAGGUUCAGCAAUCUAUGCUAGCCGUUUGUACCUGAACAGUUACAACAAAACACAUCCAGAGAGACUUGCUAAGACUAAAGAUGGUGGGCCAACAAUUGAAGGUAAUGUGUACAUCCAUCCAACAGCAAAUGUCAACCCAACUGCCACACUGGGCCCUAAUGUAUCCAUUGGUACAGGUGUCACUAUUGGAGCAGGAGUCAGAGUAAGAGAAUCCAUUAUUUUGCAUGGUGCUACAGUUCAGGAUCACAGCUGCGUGUUGAACAGCAUUGUGGGAUGGGACAGCAUUAUUGGAAGGUGGGCACGAGUGGAAGGCACACCAAGUGACCCAAAUCCCAAUGAUCCGUAUGCCAAAAUUGACAGUGAAACUUUGUUCAGGGAUGGUAAACUUACCCCAUCCAUUACUAUUUUAGGUUGCAACGUCUCUAUUCCUGCAGAAGUCAUCAUUCUCAAUUCCAUUGUUCUCCCUCACAAAGAUCUCAACAGAAGUUUUAAGAAUCAGAUUAUAUUGUAGAUUUGUAUGAAAAUUUAAUUUUUUUCAAUAGGGCUGCAUUCUAAAUUAUGACUAUGUACGUUUGAAGUGGAAGUCUUUGGAGAUAGGAGACAAAAGUGUUCCUACAGUGUUUCUGCAUGGCCAACAGCAUAUUAACACUUCACUGAGCUGGUAUUUUGUUUACCAGAUUGGUGUGGAAAUUUAAAUUUGUAUUUAAGACACAAGGGUUCAGCACCAUCAUGAUUGCUGAUUUCUUUAAACACUAAUCAGAGGUUUGGUAUAAUGCAUAAGUAUAGGAAUAUAUCUGCCAAGAUGUACCAUUUUAGUACAAACUGUUACAGAGAGAGGGUUAAUUUUAUAAUAAAAGUGUUUAGGUAUAUUUUAUUCUUUCUUUGCCUGAAAUAAUUCCAGUGUACUGCGUGUACAAAGAGGAGUAAGGUGACUGUAUUAACCAUUAAAAUAGGCAUAUGAUGUAAGUAAGUUUGCAGGUGGUUACCAAAAACAGCUAGAAUCAGUAAGAUUUAUGAUUCAUAGAUAAUUAAUUUUAUAAAAUACAGAAGAGAGAUUAAUUUACUUUACAUCUGUUUCUUGGUCAACUUCUAAAUCAUGAAUGUACAUUUCAUUAAAUGCUUGUACAGGUCCUGUCCUUUUGUUGCUAACAUGCUGUACCUGUUUAGAUAUGAUUCUAUAAUACUGAGCUUCAGAUUGACAAGUCUGUUUUAUGUUGUGAUUAUGCUGAAUAAGAGCAUUCACCAUGUGUUAGAACUGAAUAUUACUCACUUGAAGAAUUGGAUGCACCUUUAAGUACCAAAAUGGAAACUGUUAUACCUCCACUGUAGAAUUCUGCUGCAAAAAAAACUAAAAGCAGCAUAAGAAAUCCUAGCUACAGCCACCAAACAUGUCUACCCAGAAGGCUUUUUGGCUGUACGAACCAGGCUAUGCUCUUAAGUUUACUUGUUGCAUUGCAGUGUCACAUAUAGAAGUGGCCUGCUGACAAGAAUUUUAAGUUGUGUUUUCCCUGUGGCCUACAGGCAGAGAGGGCUAUAACUCGAGCUAGCAACUUGCAGUUGAUGUGCUAUUUUUGUUUUCAUUUUUUUUUAUUUCCGAAGUCUUUAGUCUAACAGAGUUUGAUGCUUGCAUUUUCCUUGCCUCCACAGUGGGUUGAAGAUCCAGUAGCAGGACAGAGAUUCAUUGAAUAGGCUCAAAAGAGAAAAUUUUAUACACAAGGCAAGCCAGUGAAUCAUACCCCCUAUGCAGAGAGCUUCACCUUCUACACCCCCCUUAAUUAAUAUAGCUAGCUGAAAAUUUGUAUAGCCUUGAAUUAGGAUAUAAAUUCCUUAAUUGUAUUUAUUUGUGUAUGUAAGGUAAAUAGGGUAGAGCACUGGUUGAAAUGACUGUUUACAGGCUCAGACCAUACACUACAGUAAAGAAUGAGUAGAGAGCAAAAUUAGCAGAUAUUCCAUAGUACAGAUCAACACUUAUAAACCUAUUGCAAAAGCGAUGAAGAAAUAAAAAUAUUAAAGUGUACAGCUAGUUAGUAGCAUUAACAAUAGAACAAAAUUUGUGUAAAUGUAUAUAUACAGGUUGCUUUAGUUCAAAGAAGAAGAGAAUAGCAUGAAAUAAGAAUGUAGAUUUCAGGAGGAGGGGAGGGGAUGGAGAUGAGGUGAUGUGGCCACAGGAUAUCAAUUCUCACCGGCUUUGUGUAAUACAAUAAGGGUUUAAACUUUGCUCUGAAAGUGGAGUAAAUGGGGAUUUCCUUAAGGUAUGAUGUUAGAUUGCCAUAGUUGAGAGCUAAGAUUGGAGAAACUGUGAUCAGUGCAGUGAAAUUUUGUUGUAGGGUUUGAAGUACUGGGGUAGGAUUGACAUUGUAGCUGAUAGGAAGGGGUGUACAUUUGGAGGAUUGAGGAGUUAGGGUAUCCUGUUGUAGUAAAUUGAAUAUUAGAGAACCAAGCAGUAGAUCAGCUGUUUCCUGAAUGUGCAACCAUUUUUUUUUGAGGGAUAGGUAAUGAUGUUCAUGCCUGAGCGAUAUGGUUAUGAAUUAACACAUUGUGUUGGAGAUGAAUUAGAAGGCUAUUUUUUUAGAUGUUACUGCAGCUAGAUGUAGGCCAUAUUUAAAAUGAGCUAAUAGUUUGCCUUUGCCUAUAGCUGACUUUAUAGUUGAUAGGAGUUGAUGUUUGCCAUUUUUUUUUCAGUGUGAGCUUCAAAAUUUAUGGUUUGAUCUAGCCAGAUGCAAAGGAAUCUGAAUGUGGUGGUGGUUUCUAUGUUGUGGAUAUCAAGGUCUUUAAUUUCAAGGGAUUUAGGAUUUUUUGAUAUUUUUUAAUGACUAAUGAAAAGCAUGAUUUCAGUUUUCUUAGGAUUAGGCAUAAACUUCCUGGAUUUGACCCAGAUGAGCGAUCGUUUUGUAAAAAGUUUUGUGUCAUGGAGUUUGAGUCUAGAUCUGUAGAUAACCAUGUCAUUGGAGUAUAAAAGCAGUGGAAUAUUAGGUAAGUUAUGAGGAAGGUUGUUUAUAGAGAACAGUAGCAUGUUAAGAGUUGAGCCUUGUGGGACACCUGAUUAGAUGUAGACUUCUGACAGGGAGGAGCCAAUUUUUAGUCUAAAGGAUCUUUUUUGUCAGGAAAAAAAACAGUGAACCAAGCAAUAGUUUUGGAGCUGAUCCCUGUUUCAGCAAGGUGUGAAGAAAUCAUAUUGUGAUUGACAAUAUCAAAUGUGCGGGUAAAGUAAAUGAUAAUAACCCCAGUUAGAUUACUUUUAUCCAUGUUUGGUUAAAUACUGUCUCUGAGGGUCCUAAGAACAGUAAUACUGCUCCCUCCUCCCCAGGGCCCAUGCUGCUUGUUUGAGAGUAGGCAGUACUGUUGAAGGGUAGAGAUAAGCUGAUCACUGAUGAUUUUUUCAAAAUAUUUUUCAGUGACUGGGAGGAUUGAGAUUGGUUAGAAGUGCACAGUGGAGGAGGGUUUAGUUUGUGUGGCAACUGAUGCAACUACGUAUCAUUUCCAAUUUUGAGCACACUUAUUUAAUAUUAUCAGGUCUUGUUGAAAUGGGGCACCAUGAAAACAACAUAUUCUUUCAGUACCUUUUUUUAGAAACAGGACUGGAUGCCAAAAAAUGUAGAUGCUGAUGACAGAUGAAGACUGUAUGUCCAAACUUUUCAUUCAAGCUACGAAUUCCCCUGAAAUCAUGGCUUGUUUCUGAUUAUAUCCAGCAUAAGAAUGGAUGUGUGGGUGACACUCAUUUUUUUUGGUAUUGUCCUAUUAGUGCAGAAUGUUCACAGUAAUAACAUGGGUGUUACCAUUAUAAAACAAGCAUGCAGUAAAUCUCUUCCAUUUUGGGGAUAAUAAUAUUGCAAUACGUUUUAAUUAUUAAAAUUGAUGUACAAUGACUGGAUGUGAAGUAAUAGUAAAAGGAAACAUUGUCAAUGAGAA